AUGCUAGAUCACCAAACAAACCAUCGUCUUCCUCCUCAUCUUCAAAGCACGUACAGUUCGGUAGGAAUAUUCAUGGCAAGGGUCUCCUCUUUUCCGGCGCCGCCGCCGUCGCCGCCGCUGCCAUCGUCGACGAGCGAGCAGAGGAAGGUGUUCACGCUGUGGAUGAAGUCGCUGGUGCUCAACGGCCGCGGCUGCACCGUCUACGACUCCACCGGCAGCAUCGUCUACCGUGUCGAUAACUAUGGCUCCAGUUGCAGCGAUAAUGUCUACCUCAUGGAUCUUGGCGGCAAGAUCGUCCUGAACAUACUCAAGAAGAAGCUUGCAUUCGGCAAGUGGGAAGGGUACAAAUGGAGCGGCGGCAAGAGGCAGCAGGAGGCCGCCGGUGCAGGGGCGUGGUUCACGGUGACGCGGCCGUGCAGCAGCGUCCUGUUCCAGCGGAGCCGCCGGAGGCCGCCGUCGACGUGCGAGUUCCGGAGCGACGGCGGCCGCGCCAUGCGGUACAGGAUGGACGACGGCUGCGGCGCCUGCCCCGGAUCCGGAAAGCAGCAGCACCAGGCGGCGCCGGCGUGCUGCAGGAUCGUCGACGAGGCCAGCGGCGCCGUGGUCGCGGAGGUGAAGGGGAAGCUGACGGCGGGCGGGGUGGCGCUGGGAGACGACGUGCUCGCGCUGACGGUGGAGCCCAACGUCGACCACGCGCUCAUCAUGGGGAUGGUGCUCGUUUACGGCCUCAUCAACCACACCAUGUGAAGAUCCAAUUAAGCAAAUUCAAGCAUGGAGAGAAUUAAGCGCGCGUAAUUAUGUUUUUGAAUUUGCUACGUGUACCUUGUGCGUACGUGAGAGGUAGUAGAUGUUGUUUUGUUCUCUUGUACAUGUGAGUUGUGAACUGAUCAGUUGAGGAA